CGGGCCCCGCGCGGCGCGCGCCGGGCGCUCUUCCGGCCGCCGGGGCCUAUGUACCAAUGGCUGCUGGCGGCCCUCGGCCUCCUCCUGCCCGCCGCCCGCCGCAGCGCUCCGUCGGACAAUCCUGACGAGCCUCCAGCAAAGAAGACAAGAGCAGAUUACGCUAUUGUUGAGCGUGACAAAAAAGUUGGCAAAGGUGUUGCUGCGAAGGACUUGCCAUCCAAGGCAAGAAGUGAGGGCCGAAAGGCUCCAGUCAGCAAUGCCGCUCCCACUGCAGAGUCUGCAGCGGAGGAUCAGUCCGUUUAUUAUGAACCUCCGGCUAAGAAACGAAGAGUUUCUGGGAUAGGAAUACUGGAAUCUGAUAAAAUGCCUUAUGGAACCAGUACUUGCUUGAAUAAGGAAACACUGACCCUUUAUCACAAGCCGGUUUCACGUCUGAGUGCCAACGGGAAUGGCACCGCCCAUGUCAAGCUGGCUCCGAGGCCACCCAUUAAGGAGCACGCGGUGCCAACAUCCGCAGCUUCGGAAGUCAGCAAGAUGGGAAGGCUCUUCUGUACUGCUGAAGAGGGUGUUAAGCAAGAAGAAAGGGAGAAAUACAAGCAGCUCCUGAACCUGAUGAAGGAGAAGAAUCCCAGCAAUCAGGUCUAUGGGAAGCAGCCAGUGCCGAUUGCGAGUCUCGUGGAAGAACGCAAACUUGAAGGAACCCUCUAUCCGAGCGUGCCACAGAAGGCCGGUGGCGAAGAUGGAGAUGCUUGCAGCUCACAGGUGCCUCUGAGGGCUGAUAUGACCAGGGAGAAAAACACUAAGGAGCAGGGAAAGCCAGGGAAACUUGACGUUGCAGCGAAACAGAAUGGAGCCUCAGGAGAUGGCUCAUCUGUUCCGCCCAGACCAUUAUUCGUCUUUGGUGUGGAUGCAAAGAUACACUCAAGCUUGGGCAGAACAGCACCCGAGAUUCCUCCAAUCACAGAGGAUAUGGAGAGAGAGAUCAAUGCUGUAUUUGACAAUGGGGAGCCAAAUGACAUCGUGAGCAGUGCCUUCAAAAUAAACAUCACUCGUGAUGACAUCCGCACACUGCAGAAAUAUAACUGGCUCAAUGAUCAGAUCAUUAAUUUCUACAUGUAUCUUGUGAUGGAAAGGAGUAAGAAGGAAAAAUAUCCGGUAGUCUAUGCUUUUACUACUUUCUUUUAUCGCAAACUAAUUUCCGGGGGCUAUGCAGCAGUGGAGAGAUGGACCAAAGGUGUGGAUAUCUUCAGGCAGGACAUAGUCUUAGUCCCCGUCUACCAGAAAAGCCAUUGGACUCUGGCGGUCAUAGACAUGAGACAGAAGUCCAUCAGAUACUUCGAUUCCGUGGCACUUCGCGGGAGCAAAAUCUGUGACAUUGUGUUUAACUAUCUGCAAGAAGAAGCCCAGGCAAAAAGGCAACUGAAGCUGAUUCGUUCAGAGUGGACACUUCACAACAUGACUUCACAUGAGAUCCCUCAGCAAUGGAAUGUAAGCGACUGCGGGGUGUUUGUCUGCAAGUAUGCAGAUUACAUUGCCAGAGACAAACCAUUAAGCUUUACACAGAAUAACAUGCCUUACUUCCGCAAGAAAAUGGUGUGGGAGAUAAUCCACCAGCAGCUGCUGUGAGAGAUGCACUAUGAGAGCAACACUGUGAUCGCCUCAGGGUGACCGAGAGGGCGUUUAGUUAUUGUUUGGAUAGGUAGUAGGCACACAAAUUUUCCUCUUUAGGCUAUGAAGUAGUGGUUAAGAGGGGGGGUGGAUUCCUGGUUAGGGAGGCAGUAACUCUCAUUGAUGUUAGCGAAGGCACCUGACACCACACAACCGGGAAGAUGGCUGUGACGGGGAAGAGCCAACACUGUCAGCCUCCGUCACUGAGAUGCAGCACACGUGGCCACGUUACAUACAAACAGGACUCUCACCCGCAGUGUGACAACCCCUGCGUUAGCUGAGCUGAUCUGGGCUCUGUGCUUGGCUCCUCAAGGAGAGUUCCCUCUGUUCCCGGGAUGGCUACGAUCUACUUGAUUCCUAAAAACUGGAUUUGUGAUGACCUUCUGUUGCGGUUUCGCUGAGGACACCCUAGAAAGCAAGCACUUGCCAUCUUCUGAUUUGUAACAAAUCCACGCUGAAGCCCACGUAGCUGGGGUUUUGUUUUGUGGUGUUUUUUCUGUCUCCGGGGAAUUUAUCUAAUGUGAAAAGAGAAGUUAUUUAUUUUGGGUUUAUUACAAUAAAUAUUUAAAUUGUUAAA